CAUGGAGGUUAGAGCACUGUCUAUGCAAGCAGCGAGAUGUCCCACAGAUGAACUAUCAUUAACCAACUGUGCUGUGGUGAAUGAGAAGGACUUCCAGUCUGGGCAACAUGUUGUUGUGAAGACUUCUCCCAACCACAAGUAUAUUUUCACACUGAGAACCCAUUCCUCAGUUGUUCCUGGCAGUGUCGCGUUCAGCCUGCCCCAGCGAAAAUGGGCUGGACUUUCCAUUGGACAAGAGAUAGAUGUUUCUUUAUACACUUUUGACAAGGCUAAGCAAUGUAUUGGCACAAUGACAAUUGAGAUAGAUUUUCUGCAGAAGAAGAACAUUGACUCCAACCCCUAUGACACAGACAAAAUGGCUGCUGAAUUCAUCCAACAUUUCAACAGCCAAGCCUUCUCAGUAGGACAGCAGCUUGUGUUCAGUUUUAAUGACAAACUUUUUGGCCUGCUGGUAAAGGACAUGGAAGCUAUGGAUCCCAGCAUCCUCAAAGGAGAGCCUGGAGUGAGCAAAAAGCAGAAGAUUGAGGUUGGUUUGGUUCUUGGGAACAGUCAAGUUGCCUUUGAAAAAGCUGAGAACUCUUCUCUCAAUCUGAUUGGUAAAUCAAAGACCAAGGAGAACCGCCAGUCAAUCAUCAACCCAGACUGGAAUUUUGAGAAAAUGGGCAUUGGAGGCCUCGACAAAGAAUUCUCAGAUAUUUUCAGACGAGCCUUCGCGUCUCGAGUUUUUCCACCUGAAAUUGUGGAGCAAAUGGGCUGCAAGCAUGUGAAAGGUAUUCUCUUAUAUGGACCUCCAGGCUGUGGCAAAACGCUCAUGGCUAGACAGAUUGGCAAGAUGCUGAAUGCAAGAGAGCCAAAGGUGGUCAAUGGUCCAGAAAUCCUCAAUAAAUAUGUGGGCGAGUCUGAGGCCAACAUCCGCAAGCUAUUUGCUGAUGCAGAAGAAGAGCAAAGAAGGCUUGGAGCAAACAGUGGUGUUCAUAUCAUCAUUUUCGAUGAGAUUGAUGCAAUCUGCAAGCAGAGAGGGAGCAUGGCUGGUAGCACUGGAGUCCACGAUACCGUUGUAAACCAGUUGCUGUCUAAAAUUGAUGGAGUGGAGCAGCUCAAUAACAUCCUAGUCAUUGGAAUGACCAACAGACCUGACCUGAUUGAUGAGGCUCUGCUGAGACCAGGGAGACUGGAGGUGAAGAUGGAGAUUGGCUUGCCAGAUGAGAAGGGUCGAUUUCAGAUUCUUCAUAUCCACACGGUACGGAUGCGAGAACAUCAGCUGCUGGCUGAAGAUGUGGACAUUGCGGAGCUGGCAGUUGAGACUAAAAACUUCAGUGGUGCUGAAUUAGAAGGUUUAGUUCGAGCUGCACAGUCUACUGCUAUGAACAGACACAUCAAGGCCAGCAACAAAGUGGAAGUGGAUAUGGAGAAGGCAGAAAGCUUGCGUGUGACAAGAGGAGACUUCUUUGCAUCUUUGGAGAAUGAUAUCAAACCAGCAUUUGGAACCAACCAGGAAGACUAUGCAAGUUAUAUCAUGAAUGGUAUUAUUAAGUGGGGUGAUCCUGUAACAAGGGUAUUGGAUGAUGGGGAGCUGCUUGUUCAACAAACUAAGAACAGUGACCGUACUCCACUGGUUAGCGUUCUUCUAGAAGGUCCCCCCCACAGUGGGAAGACUGCCUUAGCAGCAAAGAUAGCAGAAGAAUCCAACUUUCCCUUUAUCAAAAUCUGUUCUCCUGAUAAGAUGAUUGGAUUUUCUGAAACAGCCAAGUGCCAAGCUAUGAAGAAGAUCUUUGAUGAUGCAUACAAAUCCCAGCUCAGCUGUGUUGUAGUGGAUGACAUUGAGAGACUUCUAGAUUAUGUCCCUAUCGGACCACGGUUCUCUAAUCUGGUGUUGCAAGCCCUUCUUGUACUGCUAAAGAAGGCCCCCCCACAGGGUCGCAAGCUUCUAAUCAUUGGAACUACCAGUCGCAAAGAUGUACUGCAGGAAAUGGAAAUGCUGAAUGCCUUCAGCACUACUAUUCAUGUGCCCAAUAUUGCAACAGGAGAGCAGCUGAUGGAGGCGUUGGAGGUGAGAAAUGGGUACCUCCCAAACAACCGCAGCACCAUUGCGCAGAAUGUCAAAGGGAAGGCCGUCUGGAUUGGUAUCAAGAAGCUGCUGAUGCUGAUAGAAAUGUCAUUACAAAUGGAUCCUGAGUAUCGGGUGAAAAAAUUCCUGGCUCUUCUGAGAGAAGAAGGAACGUAA